CCUCUCCUUUUCCCAAACCCUGCAAAACAGCAGAAGCUCGCUGAAGUAAAUGACGAGGAUCAUCCAAAAUUUCGCGGUCAGGUUUCAAAUCGAACUCUUCUUCUUCCGCAGCUUUAUUCAUUGUAUUGUCAAGCGAUGACACCGUUUUCAGGCUGGGUGUUGAGCGAGCUAACUUGAUCAUUUCUUUUGCGAGUACGCCGUACUACUCUCACUAGUCGACCGUUCUCGUCAUGACGCAUAAAAGUUUCUUGAUCAGGAACCCCCUCAUCAUAUUCGGAGUCGUCGUCUGAGUCAGCAAUAGACUGAAUUUCGCUAUCGCUGUCGUCCGUUAUUUCGCCUUCAUCAAGGUCUUCAUCAAUAUGUAAACCCGUGUUGGAACUGGGUGAGUAUUGGUCGUGCUCAGGAUUGGGCAGCUCCAGUGGAGGCGUGAUCGAAGAAUUUAGCUCAUCAAGGGUUACGUUUCGAGAGACCACUGCAGACGGCACGUACACCUCGAACUCUUCAACCACUGACGCAUCCACAGGAUCAUACUCCUCCUCGUCUUCGUUUGGAACUUCUUUCUGGGGAUCCUCAACUGAAGAAGUACCUUCGCCAUCAGUUUUCUUUUCAAUGGGCGCAUCGGCACUGCUCGACGCUACGCCAUCCGAAUCAGAAGCAGCACCACGUUCAAGGCGCUGAGAAAAUGGUACAGGCACCUCUUUGGCGGGUAGAAGCUCUCCACUGAUUUCAUCGAACGGUCUUAUAGAAGAGACCAGAAAUACCACAUGUUCCAAGCACGUUUUUACGUCGGCCAUAACUGAAAAAACACAACAUUGA